AUGCUCCAUAUUCUAGAAAGGGUCACAGGGACUAGUACUGGUGCUGUGGGCCGUGGGUCAAUUUUAGAACGACUCUGGUUGAAUGGAGCGAAAAUCUUCAAGGUGGCGACUGGAUAUGAACGCUGUGUGCGAUUUGAGGAUGGCCUUCGGGAUGAGUUACGAGUCUUAAUAGCUGUGCAGAGGGAGCGAGAUUUCGCUGCCCUGAUUGAAAAGGAAAAAAUCACCGAGGAUGUGAAGUGCUCUGAGAGCCAGAACCGUGAGAAGGAUAGAAGGCCUAGAAAGAAAGUCAGGUUUGAUGGACCAGUCCGAGUUGGGGUUUUUGUUGCAAGACCACAGCCUUGUGCUGAUUGUGGGAGACAUCAUCUGGGUGAGUGCUGGAAAAAGAUCGGAGCAUGUUUCAAAUGUGGGUCUAUUGAGCAUCAAGUUAAGAAUUUUCUUCAGAGGCCUGUUCAGAUGCAAGUUACAGAUAGUGGUGUAGGAAAUAUUGAGGAGAGGCAGCCAGCACUGGUCUAUGCUGCUCGGCAUCGAGAGGAUGGUGAUGCUCCAGAUGUUAUAAUCGGUACAUUCCUAAUUCAUAAUGUACCUUACACUGCUUUAAUUGAUAUAAGGUCUACGCAUUCAUACACUGCAUGCACUGUGUCUGGCACCUUGGAUAUCAUGUGUGAGAGUACUGUUAAUGAGAUGACUGUAUUAAGUCCACUGGGACAAUCAGUAAGGGUAGACAAGUUGUUUAGAUAUGUACCCCUAGAGGUUCAAGGAGUUAUAUUUCUAGCAGAUUUGAUGGAGCUACCGUUUAGUGAAUUCGACCUAAUCUUGGGAAUGGAUUGGUUGGUUAAACACCGUGUAAGUUUGGAUUGUGCUGCUAAGUGUAUGGUGUUAAAGACUAUUGAAGAUGAGGAGGUGGCUGUGAUUGGGGAGCGAAGGGACUUUCUGUCUAAUGUGAUUUCUGCAUUAAGGGCCGAUAAGCUAGUUUGUAAGGGUUGUGAGGCGUUUCUAGCCUAUGUUGGUGUAUCAAAUUCUGAAGGUCUUUUUGUUGGAGAUAUUAGAACGGUUAAGGAUUUCUCUGAUGUAUUUCCUGAUGAGCUCCCUAGGUUACCUCCGAGCCGCGAAGUUGAAUUUGGUAAUGAGCUCCUGCCAGGAACAACUCCAAUGUCAAUCGCCCCUUAUAGGAUGGCACUGAAAAAGCUGGUGGAAUUAAAAGCUCAAAUCCAAGAAUUAUUGGAUCGAGGUUUCAUUCGACCUAGCGUGUCACCAAAGGAAGCACCAGUGUUGUUCUUGAGAGUUAAGGAGGCUGUUGUGUAUAAGACUGCGUUUAGGAUUCGUUAUGGUCAUUACGAGUUCCUAGUGAUACCGUUUGGGCUGACGAAUGCACCAGCAGCCUUCAUGGACUUGAUGAAUCGAGUAUUCCAACCCUACUUGGAUCGGUUCGUGGUGGUAUUUAUAGACGAUAUCUUGGUGUAUUCGAGAAUCGAGGAUGAGCAUGAUGCACAUCUCCGAAUUGUUUUGUAG